GGACAUACAACUCAGGGAAAAAGCUGUCAGCUUUAUACAGGUCUACAAUAUGUUAUUCGCUUAGGUUGUUGAACUGUUCACACGUAUACACUUCGCUGGAAUUAAACCGACGAAACAUAAUUAGUCUAGUCGAAAGUACACCUACAUGAGCCUUUAUAAGAUCGUCCAAGAUUUCUCGGUCUGACUGCAAUGGCGCGAUUGAGGAAAACUCCUGGCAAGGGACAUCAAAAUGAGUCUGUCCAGGAUCUUACCGAUAGUACUGCUGUUCGUCUAACCCGUCAGGUCACCCUUAUAGAUAGUGUAUCUCUCACAGUUGGUAUGAUCAUAGGAUCUGGUAUUUUCAUCUCUCCAACGAGUGUCCUGGAAAACUCUGGAGGGAUAGGCUGGGCUCUCCUCGUCUGGGUUCUGUGUGGCAUCUUAUCAAUGCUUGGAGCGCUAUGUUAUGCGGAGCUUGGUACGACCUUCCCAGUAUCUGGAGGAGACUUCUCAUACCUCCUGGAAGCGUAUGGCCCGGUCCUGGCCUUCCUAAGGCUUUGGACUAGUGUGGUGUCCAUCAAGACCGCAUCGUAUGCUCUUUUGUCUUUGACGUGUGUGACUUAUAUUCUCCUGCCGUUCUACCCCAACUGUGAUAUCCCACCCGUUAAGUUGCGCUUGGUUGCAGCCUGUAUACUUUGUAAGUACGAUUGUGCCAUCUUUUUCGUGAACAGCCUGAGUGUCCCUCUAAGUCGCAGUCUGGAACUCUCAUUCACGGUAGCUAAGCUCUUUGGUUUAGCUGUCAUCAUCGUCUCUGGGUUUGUCCAGCUAGCUAAUGGUAAGGACAAAAGAAGUGAGACAUCCAACUUUGCAAACGCCUUCGAAACUUCUAAAUUUAGAAUGAGAACGUUUCCCCUCGCUAUGUAUUCAGGACUCUUCGCCUAUUCGGGAUGGCAGUAUCUGACUCAAGUGACAGAAGAAAUAAUCAACCCUUCGAGAACAAUUCCUUUGUCAAUUGGGAUCUCCAUGAUAAUAGUAACAGUGGUCUACUUGCUAACUAACAUUGCUUACUUCACUGUGCUCUCUGAGAGAGAGAUGCUUACAUCAAGUGCGGUUGCUUUGGACUUUGGUCAGCGUGUACUAGGUAGUUGGUGGUGGACUAUGAGUGUGGCUGUUGCUAUGUCAACCAUUGGAUCCGUACAUGGGGGCGUGUUUGGCUUCGCAAGGUCUCUACUGGUUGCAUCACGUGAGGGCCACUUGCCUGCCAUAGCAUCAAUGAUACACAUCGAUCGGAAAACUCCUCUACCCGCUGCUGCAUUACUCGUACAGUAUAAUAGUUUCGGUAUAUCUGCAUAUACAACGUGUAUGAUACCUUGUGCUCCUAUCUGCCUCUUGAUGUUGAUCAGUGAUGACGUAGGAACCCUUGUGAAUUAUCUCAGUUUCACACGAUGGCUCUUCAUCGGUAUCACGUAUCGUGCGACCGUAUUUUUACAGCAGCUCCUCUUCGUCAUUCCCCCAGAGAAAGAGGCCGAGCCCAAAAAAGCUAGUUCAACGCGAAGAUGA